GGGGAGUGCAGGAGCCGAGUUUCGUGGAGUUCAUUACUUCAGAGAGACUCAAAGUGGUGGCUAUGUUAGCAUUGUCUCUGGCUUUAUGCAACGCCGACCGAGUGGUAAUGUCCGUGGCUAUUGUUCCUAUAUCAGUAUCUUAUGGUUGGCGUCAAUCUUUCGCCGGUAUUGUUCAGUCAUCUUUUCUAUGGGGUUACCUGCUAUCGCCAAUUGCUGGAGGGGCGCUGGUGGAUCGUUUUGGCGGAAAGGUAGUUUUAACAUGGGGUGUGACACUAUGGUCUUUAGCAACUUUCCUAACUCCUUGGUCUGUUGGUGUUUCCUUGUGGGCACUACUGUUUAUGCGGAUGUUGCUUGGCAUAGCAGAAGGUGUAGCUCUUCCCUGCAUGAACAAUAUGAUUGCAAGAUGGUUUCCUCAGACAGAACGAUCAAGGGCUGUAGCGCUUGCAAUGGCUGGAUUUCAGCUUGGAAGUGCUAUUGGGCUCACACUUUCUCCAAUUCUCAUGUCACAGGGUGGUCUCUUUGGACCAUUUGUCAUAUUUGGUCUAUCUGGCUUACUUUGGGUCUUGGUCUGGGUAUCUGCAAUUUCCAGUACACCUGAGCAGAGCAAUCAAAUAUCGGCACAAGAACUGUGUUACAUACAGCAUGAGCGGCUCAACCAUUCUGCAUUUGACAGUAAAUUGAAAACCGCCAAAAUGAUCCCACCUUUCAGGCGCUUGCUAUCUAAGCCACCAACAUGGUCUCUAAUUGUUGCAAAUUCCAUGCAUAGCUGGGGAUUUUUCGUGAUACUUUCGUGGAUGCCAAUUUACUUCAGAAGUAUAUACCGUGUUGAUCUCAGACAAGCAGCUUGGUUUAGUGCAGUCCCAUGGAGUAUGAUGGCAUUAAUGGGCUAUGUUGCUGGUGUUAUAUCUGACUGGAUGAUCCAAAAUGGUAAAAGCAUUACAGUAACCCGCAAAGUCAUGCAAUCAAUUGGAUUCUUUGGGCCCGGGGUUGCUCUUGUUGGUUUAACUACAGCUCCAACUCCAACAAUAGCAUCAGCUUGGCUUACUUUAGCUGUUGGGUUGAAAGCAUUCAGUCACUCUGGGUUCCUGGUAAACCUUCAGGAAAUUGCCCCCCAAUAUUCAGGUGUUCUGCAUGGUAUGUCAAACACUGCUGGUACACUUGCGGCCAUAAUAGGAACUGUUGGUGCUGGCUUCUUCGUUGAGUUAGUUGGUUCUUUCAAAGGAUUUUUAGUGCUCACAUCUUUUCUCUAUUUUUGUGCUGCUCUCUUCUAUAAUGUCUUUUCUACGGGAGAGAGGGUUAACUUUGAUGAAACCUCUUAGGCAGACCACCUUAAACAGUGUAAAAAUGUAAAAGAAUACUUCAGUCGUGGACAGCAAAGAUUAUCCGGUAAGGGUUGUGGAUUUUAGGACCAUUUUUCAACAUGGAAAGCACGGAAAUAAGAAUGUACAGAACCAUUGAGUUUGGAUAGAGGAAUUUAUCGAAUAGGUAGAGGUAGUUGGGAGUCGAAGUACUUCAUGACCAUUGACAUGUCUACCAACUAAGAGACGUUUGGUUCAAAAUUAGAACAGUCGAAUGGACUAAUAAACUUGGGGUCGUUUUUGUUGUCUUUUACGAGUACUUUUUAUAUUCAUUCUGUCGAUCAGUGUCUG